GUUGGCGCGAAGGUGCGCGAGUCGACCCUCACGCAGGGGCCGCAGGAAACAAUAGAGGCCGCGCGCGCGGAGCUAGCGCUCGCAGGCUCCCCGCCCCUCCCGCAACGCUCGACCCCGGAAUACCCCCGGCUCUCCUGCCGCCAUGGCCGACAAGGAAGCAGCCUUUGACGACGCAGUGGAAGAACGCGUGAUCAACGAGGAGUACAAAAUAUGGAAAAAGAACACCCCUUUUCUUUAUGAUUUGGUGAUGACCCAUGCUCUGGAGUGGCCCAGCCUAACAGCACAGUGGCUUCCAGAUGUAACCAGACCAGAAGGAAAAGAUUUCAGCAUUCAUCGACUUGUCUUGGGGACACACACAUCAGAUGAGCAAAACCACCUUGUGAUAGCCAGUGUACAGCUCCCUAAUGAUGAUGCUCAAUUUGAUGCAUCACACUACGACAGUGAGAAAGGAGAAUUUGGAGGUUUUGGCUCAGUUAGUGGGAAAAUUGAAAUAGAAAUCAAGAUCAACCAUGAAGGUGAAGUAAAUAGGGCUCGUUAUAUGCCCCAGAACCCUUGCAUCAUUGCAACAAAGACUCCAUCCAGUGAUGUUCUUGUUUUUGACUAUACAAAACAUCCUUCUAAACCAGACCCUUCUGGAGAGUGCAACCCAGACUUACGUCUCCGUGGACAUCAGAAGGAAGGAUAUGGGCUUUCUUGGAACCCAAAUCUUAGUGGGCACUUACUUAGUGCUUCAGAUGACCAUACCAUCUGCCUAUGGGAUAUCAGUGCCGUCCCAAAGGAAGGAAAAGUGGUCGAUGCGAAGACCAUCUUUACAGGGCAUACAGCAGUAGUAGAAGAUGUUUCCUGGCAUCUGCUCCAUGAGUCCCUGUUUGGGUCAGUUGCUGAUGAUCAGAAACUUAUGAUUUGGGAUACUCGUUCAAACAAUACUUCCAAACCAAGCCACUCAGUAGAUGCUCACACUGCUGAAGUGAACUGCCUCUCUUUCAAUCCUUAUAGUGAGUUCAUACUUGCCACAGGAUCAGCUGAUAAGACUGUUGCCUUGUGGGAUCUGAGAAAUCUGAAACUUAAAUUGCAUUCCUUUGAAUCACAUAAGGAUGAAAUAUUUCAGGUUCAAUGGUCACCUCACAAUGAGACUAUUCUGGCUUCUAGUGGUACUGAUCGUAGACUGAAUGUCUGGGAUUUAAGUAAAAUUGGAGAAGAACAAUCCCCAGAAGAUGCAGAAGAUGGCCCACCAGAAUUAUUGUUUAUUCAUGGUGGUCACACUGCCAAGAUAUCUGAUUUCUCCUGGAAUCCCAAUGAACCUUGGGUGAUUUGUUCUGUAUCAGAAGACAAUAUCAUGCAAGUGUGGCAAAUGGCAGAGAACAUCUAUAAUGAUGAAGAUCCUGAAGGAAGUGUGGAUCCUGAAGGACAAGGAUCCUAGAUGUGUCUGCACUUGUGAUUUUAGACUCCCCUUUUUUCCCUCUCAACCCUGAGAUUGAUUUAACACUGGUUUUGAGACACAGACUUUGUUCAGCUAUCCCUCUAUAUAGGUACCACCAACAAUUGCUAUUAGCCCAAACAGUGGGUGUUUUCUAAAUAUUAACUGGGAUACUUUAUUCAGCAAAGCCAGACUUAUUUAAAUUUUCUUCAGGAAUUUUCUAGUAACAAACCCGGGUCUAAAGUAGCUACAGAAAGGGGAAUAUUAUGUGUGGUUAUUUUUCUUCUUAAGCUAUAUCCCCAAGUUUUUUGGACUCAUUUAAGUAAAAGCUAGAGUGAGUAAGGAAUAGAGCCAAGUGAGGUAGGUGUCUGAGCCAUGAAGUAUAAAUACCGCAAGAUGUCAUUUUUAUUCAGGAAUUAGGGGAGAUUCAAGUCAUAUAGAUUCCUACUCUAAAAUCUUCACACCUGACUUUCCAGGAUGCACAUUUUCCUAUGUAGACCAGUCUCCUCUUGAUUUCUACAGUUAAGUCAAAACUACAUGUUCCUCCUUUCCCAUAUAUUUUUGCUUGUUAGUGUAUUUCUUGAGCUGUUUUCAUAUUAUUCCUUACCUUUAUGUGAAAUGGUUUUUUGUUUUGUUUUGUUUUUUUUUUUUGGUUUUUUCUUUUUUUUUUAACUUGGGACCACCAAGUUGUAAAGAUGUAUGUUUUUACCUGACAGUUGUACCACGGGUAUACUGUCAAGUUGAGAAGAGUGAAUUGAUAGCUUGUAUGUUUUUAAAAUUAAAUUAAUCCUUGAUAAGAGUUGCUUUUUUUUUUUUUUUUUUAGGAGUUGGUCCUUGACCACUAGUUUGAUACCAUCUGCAUUUUGGGUGACCUGUUUUAUCAGCAGGCCUAUUACUCCCAUGACUAACUGUGUAAGUGCUUAUAAUGGAAUAAAUUGCUUUUCUACAUA